GUGCAAGAGCUCGACAUAAUCAAACCAAUAUCCACAGUUCUGCUGCCGUGCUGAAUAUCAAUUUUCUUUUCCCUCCCAUAUAACACCCAUAAAUAGACAACAUGCCGUCUGGAUUCUUCGGAGGCCUUGGCGAUGCCCUCGACAAAACCGUGAGCGGAGUGGGCAGCACCGUGGGCAGCACCGUGUCUGGUGUGGGAAAGACGGUUGGCGGAGCGACUCAGGGCCUGGGACAGACUGUGAGCGGUGCGUCGGAGGGAUUGGGUAAUACGGCCAAGGGAGUGAGCAAGUCAACUGGGAGUGCUUUCGGAAGUAUUGGGAAGAGCGAGAACCAGAAUUCUUCCUCGAAGAAUUAACUAUUUAUUUCCGCGAUGGUCGGCUUGAAAGAUAGUUGUUAGUUUGUGGUUGGGAUGUGGUUUUCCAUGAUGUCUCGGAAUCGGAAUGAAUCAGGAUGAUAUUCAGGAUUCCAAUUUAACGGAGAUUUCCGCUGGUUCCGUGGUCUAUGAAAUAGACACCGUAUGCCAGUAGUGCUUAUAGAGAGUUCCUACAGCGUACUGUGAUUAUCAUCACUUUGAUUGACCUCCUGCGGAAGACGCUAGAAUGAGUGGGUGGACCUGUCUUGGCUGUUUCCGUGGUUAUUCCAU